GCUCCCAGCAGUCACUGCAGCAACCAUGCCCCUCUCAUGUCUGGUUCGCGACGAGGCUGCCUUUGGCCCGGUCGUUGCAGCGGUGCCCGCCUGCUACAACGGUUUCGACUUUACGCUGUUGUUUGAGGAGAUUUUCCUGUCCCUGGUCCCAAAUGCCCUACUCACCAUUCUGCUGGUAUCAAGGGCGUUUCAGCUUCUGAGCAGAGGACCAUGUCCAUCUACCAGCAAGAGACUGGACCAGUACUGGGUCAAGCAGACAGCACACAUCGCCUUGAUCUUCAUCAACGCCAUCAAGCUCCUCGUCCUCUGUCUUGUGGCCCCGCGGACCUCCUUUUCCAUCCCCGCCGCUGUCCUCUGCGUGUUCGUAGCAAUAUGUCUGCCGAUCCUGACACAUCUGGAGCAUUACCGAAGUCCUCGCCCGGCUUCGCUCCUCUCUCUGUAUCUCGGACUUAUACUCUUGUUUGACGUUGUCCGCACCCGCACGCUUUGGGUCAUCCAGGACAACCGGCCGUUUGCCAUCACCUUCUCUGUCGGUGUCGGUGUACAUCUGGUCCUCUUCCUGGCUAUUAACAUCUGUUCCAAUGCAGCCACCACCGACCAUAGACUUCCGCGUGAGACAAGAGCCAAUAUCUAUACUAGAGGCCUUUUCUGGUGGCUGAACCCGCUCUUCUGGCUGGGCUUCAAGACCAUCCUCGACGUUCCGCGUCUCCCAGCCAUUGACACUGGCUUGCGCUCACAGGACUUCUUCGAAAAAGUGUGGUCGCAGUGGACGACCUUGCCUCGACGCACACCUGGCACUCUCCUCAGGCUUCUCUUCAGCUCGCACAGGAAUUUCAUCCUUGAAGGCGUGCUACCUCGUUUGGCACUAUCUGGCUUUACCUUUGCACAGCCGUUCCUGCUUACCCAAGUUGUUUCUUAUGCUACUGCUGCUCCUGAUACUCGGGUGGAGAAGCAACUGGCAUACGGCCUUAUUGGCGCUACCGCCUUCAUCUACAUCGGCAUAGCCAUCGCUAAUGCGAACGCUCAGCACAAAACAUAUCGCGUCAUCACCAAGCUACGGGGUACCUUGAUCUAUCUCAUCUACACCAAGACUCUGACCGUCUCUGUCCCGACCGCACAAAAGGGUUCCGCCGUCACUUUGAUGAGCGCUGAUAUUGAACGGACUGCCAGCGGGCUACGUUUUAUGCAUGAAUGUUGGGCCAGCUGCAUUGACAUUGGUCUGGGCAUCUUCCUCCUGCAACGACAGCUUGGGCCUGCGUCCGCUGCACCUGGUGUCCUCUUCCUGCUUUGCAGCGCAGUCGGUCUGCGAGUCGCUGCAAGCAUGGGACAGCGCCAGCGUCUCUGGAUUGAAGGAAUUGAGAGACGCAUCAAAGCAACCUCCGACACACUCGCAGCCAUCAAAGAAGUCAGAAUGGGUGGGCUACAAGUCGUCAUGGAGAAGAAGCUGCAAGAACUCCGCCACGAAGAGAUCAAAGCAUCUCGUAAGUUCAAGAACGCCUUGGCCCUCAUCGUCUGUCUGUCGUAUACCACUGCAGCCAUGGGACCAAUCUUCUCGUUUGGCAUAUUUUCUCUCUUGGCAAAGCGAAACAACACCACGCCUGUCACAAGUGAAAUUGGCUUCACGGCACUUUCCAUUUUCUCGCUGCUGCGAACUCCCAUGGCUAUGAUCCUGGACGCCAUCGCUGGUCUUGUCGCAGCAAUCGGGGCGAUUCAGCGGAUAGGAGAGUAUUUGGCUCUCGACAGCCAUCGCCGGCCACUGUCUCCGCUGAGUACGACGACGUUGUCAGUCAACUUGAAGGGCAUCUGGCCACCUAUAUCUGAGAGAAAAGGUGCCAUCACCGCCACACAUGUCUCCGCUGGCUGGAGUGAAGAGCAAGGAUACAUUAUCCAAGACGCGACAUUUUCUAUCACACGAGGCUCUUUGACCUUCAUCGUCGGCCCGGUAGGCUGCGGCAAGUCGACACUGCUUCAUGCGAUGCUUGGAGAAACCACUUUCAAUGAAGGACAUCUCCCAACGACUCUCAACAACGCCGCAUUUGCAGGCCAAACUCCUUGGCUUAUCAAUGAUACUAUCCGCAACAACAUUGUCGCCACGAGCAUAUUGGACCAGCGCUGGUAUGGCACGGUUCUCGACGCAUGCGCUCUUCGUGACGACAUCGCCCGCCUACCUAACGGAGACUAUGAGAUUGUGGAUGAUGGCGGCUCAAACCUCAGCGGUGGCCAGCAAGCCCGUGUUGGUCUUGCUCGAGCUGUGUACUCCAGGCAGCCCGUUAUCAUCUUGGAUGACGUUAUGAGCGGGCUUGAUGCCACUACAGAAGAGAUCAUUUUCACUCGCCUAUUUGGACCUGAUGGCCUACUGCGGAACAGCGGCCAGACAGUCAUCUUUGCCACCAAUGCUCUGCAUCGUCUGUCUUCAGCGGAUCACAUCAUUGUCUUGGCCGCUGACGGCACGAUUGCUGAACAAGGCCCUUAUUCAAAGCUGGGAUCUUCAAUCUCAGCAUACGUUCAGGCUGGAGAGAAGGAUGUCGAGCACAACGAUUACAAGGCCAUCACGCUCAGCGCUCCUAUGGAAACUCAAACAGCGACGCAAGUUGUGGGGCAGCAACGGCGCACCGGAGAUUUCACCGUCUACAAGUACUACGCACAAAAAGUUGGUCUAGUCAAUCUCGCUCUGUUCUUCUUCUUUGGAGGCAUAUUCGUGUUCGCCCUCAUCUUCCCGCAAUACAUUGUCGGGUGGUGGUCAGCGCACAACGUGCAUCAUCCACACGGUAGACUGGGCUUAUAUCUCGGAACAUACUUUGGCCUCUCAUGCAUCGCCAUUGCUGGCCUAGCAGCAGCAUGCCUAGUGCUCAUCAUCAACAUGAUGCCGCGUGCUUCAUCGAACUUUCAUGAUGUACUUUUGCGCACCACUCUUGAUGCACCACUCUCUCUCUUUGCAGGCGACAACGCUGCUCACCUCCUCAAUCGUUUCAGCCAAGACCUCCAACUCAUUGACAUGGAGCUACCUCUGGCUCUCUUCAAUACUUCGAUCGAACUGAUCUCGACGUUGGGCAAUCUCGUUGUCAUUGCCGUCUCAUCUGGCUAUAUCGCUGCCACCAUGCCAGCAGUACUUGCUGUCUUCUUCCUCCUGCAGAAAUUCUAUCUCCGUACUGGUCGGCAGCUUCGUCUCCUUGACAUUGAAGCAAAAGGCCCACUCUUCUCUCACUUCCUCGAGACACUCUCUGGACUGGCCGCUAUCAGAGCGUACAAUGCGCAGGAAGGUUAUGAAAGCCGAUUCUUGAAGAGACUCGACUUCUCACAAAAGCCUUUUUAUCUUCUCUUCUGUGUCCAACGCUGGCUCAAUCUUGUUCUCGACUCGGUCGUCGCAGGAAUUGCCAUUGUCUUCAUAGCCAUUGCUGUCGAAACCAAAGGCCACAUUGCCCCAGGCCUGAUUGGAACUGCUCUCGUUAGUAUCAUCAACUUUAGCAUCAGCACCAAAGCCCUUCUCGAGAAUUGGACAAAACUCGAAAUGUGCAUUGGGGCAGUGUCUCGCAUUCGGACCUUUGCCCUCACAACCUCUUCCGAACACCAAUCUACGGAAAUUGCUGAACCCCCGCCCGACUGGCCCUCUCAAGGCCAUAUUAGCUUCUCCAACGUCACUGCAGCCUGGAAAGACCGCCCGACCAUCUCGAAUCUCUCGCUGGAAGUCCUGCCCGGCUACAAAACAGCCUUUGUCGGCGCCUCCGGCUCGGGAAAAUCCACCAUUCUCUCCUCACUACUCAACCUCGUCCCCCAAACCAGUGGUACCAUUGCCAUAGACGGCAUCCCACUCGACAUGAUCCCCCGCCAAGCGCUGCGCGAGCGCCUCCUCACACUCCCCCAGGCGCCUUUCCUCCUGCCAGACUGCACAAUAAGGCAAAAUCUCAACCCCUUUGCCCUCGCCAGCAUAUCCGACGAAGACAUCUUCGCCAUCCUUGCCAAACUCAAAAUGUCAGCACUGAUAUCCAAUCUCCCCAACGGCCUCGACACCAGCACUUCUGCAGCGACCUUCUCCAUCGGCCAGAAACAACUCUUGUGUCUCGCCCGAAUCAUCCUCCGCCACCAACACGGCGGCGCCGGCCGAAAACUCCUCGUCAUGGACGAGGCAACUGCGAGUCUCGAUUUCGAAACCGACAAGAUUGUCCAACAAGUCCUUCGAGACGAGGUCUUUGGCCACGACAUGACUGUUGUCGUUGUCGCGCACCGCAUGGAAGGUAUCCGCGACUUUGACUGUUUCGCCGAGGUAGGCGAGGGCGGCCGCCUCCGUGACGUGCGAUCGCACUUGGAAAGCGGAAGACUAAAUGGGUUUUUGGAAAAGGAGAUUGCUGGGUGA